AUUUAAGUCUCAAACGAUGGAAUUUACUAAAGAAAAAACUCUCGCAAUGAGAAGUAAAUUAAUCGGUCAGUCCUGCAGACUCUUUUACUCUGAUGAUCCAGUGAAAAUAAUAAGAGCACGAGGACAGUAUCUGUUUGACGAGGCUGGGACUCAGUAUUUGGACUGCAUCAGUAAUGUUCAACAUGUGGGACACUGUCAUCCUCACAUCACAGAGGCUGCAGCUGCACAGAUGGACCUCCUAAACACUAACACAAGAUUCUUACAUGACAAUAUAGUGAUGUACGCAGAGCGACUGGCAGCCACACUCCCUGAAAAACUCUGUGUCUUCUACUUUGUCAACUCUGGAUCAGAGGCCAAUGACCUGGCUCUACGCUUGGCUCAGCAGUACACUCAACAUGAGGAUGUUAUUGUCCUUGAUCAUGCAUAUCACGGACAUCUAAAGUCUCUUAUUGACAUAAGCCCGUAUAAGUUCAGGAAAUUGACAGGACAAAAAGAAUGGGUUCAUGUGGCUCCUCUGCCGGACACUUACAGAGGCCUGUAUGGAGCUGACCUGCCUGAUCCAGGACAGGCUUAUGCUGACGCAGUUAAAGAUCUGAUUGAACAAGUGCAAAGUAAAGGACGAAAGAUCGCUGCCUUCUUUGCCGAGUCACUACCAAGUGUUGGAGGACAGGUCAUCCUGCCAAACGGAUAUUCUGCCAAAGUUGCAGAAUAUGUGCACUCUGCUGGAGGAGUGUUUGUGGCAGAUGAGGUGCAAAGCGGAUUUGGACGUGUAGGAACCCACUUCUGGGCUUUCCAGCUACAGGGGGAGCAUUUCUGUCCAGACAUACUGACCAUGGGCAAACCUAUGGGCAAUGGGCAUCCUCUGGCUUGUGUAGUGACCACUCCUGAGAUCGCCAGUGCCUUCACAGCGAACGGCGUCGAGUACUUCAACACGUUUGGAGGGAAUCCAGUUUCUUGUGCGAUUGGUUUAGCGGUCCUGGAUGUGAUUGAAAAAGAGGAUCUCAGAGGAAAUGCCAUCAAAGUCGGAGCUGUGCUUAAAGAGUUAUUCAGGGGGCUGCACUCAAAACAUGAAAUAGUCGGUGAUGUGCGAGGUGUGGGGCUGUUUGUGGGUCUGGAGAUGGUCACAGACAGAAAACUGAAGACGCCAGCGACAAACACUGCAGCUUAUGUAGUAAAGAGGUUGAAGGAGGAUCAUAUUGUGGUCAGUACAGACGGGCCCUGGGAUAACGUGCUGAAGUUUAAACCUCCCAUGUGCUUCAGUGUGGAGAAUGCAGAACAUGUGGCACAGAGCAUUGACCGCAUCCUCACAGAUAUCAAGACCACGAGCCUUAAACUGGAAAAAGACGACAUCUAAAAAAGUGGCAUUUGUGGAGCCAAAACAACAAGCAGCUGAGGAAAAAACCUACAACUUCAUACCUUUGUAAUAAACAUUUGCAUUAUUA